GCGUGGAGAUUCCCUGUGCGUCGUUUAGCGUGUGUCCUCGCAGGUCACGUUUUUGGUCUGCUGGUGUUUUCCAAAUCAAUCCGCCACAAUGUCACGCUUUCUGGGUUUGUGUCGAUUCGGACUCAGUUCUCUUCAAAGGUCCAAUUCCCGAGUAAUGUCACGAGGACUGAGCAGCCGCACCAUGUCGCUUCCACUUGCUAGAGAUCUACAGGCUUUGCAGAAGCGGCACUGUCAGCCCAAGUUGUGCAGGUUGCAGGGGUCUUGUCACGUCCUGAGCCAGCAGUCUUUCUAUAGCACUCAGGAAGUUGAGAAAGAGCCUGAAGUGGAGCCUCUACACACCAUUAUAAGUGACACUGAAUCCGUGCAAGGUAGUUUUUCCAAACAUGAAUUUCAAGCUGAAACAAAAAAACUCUUAGACAUUGUUGCCAGGUCCUUGUACUCAGAGAAAGAAGUGUUCAUCAGGGAGCUGAUUUCUAAUGGCAGUGACGCUCUGGAAAAGCUGAGGCAUAAACUUAUCACAGCAGGAGGAGAAACGGCUCCAAUGGAGAUCCAUCUGAAGACGGAUGCCGGAAAAGGCACCAUCACCAUCCAGGAUACAGGAGUUGGCAUGAACAAAGAGGAGUUGGUGGCCAAUCUAGGUACUAUCGCUCGCUCUGGUUCAAAAGCGUUCCUGGAUGCUCUGCAGAACCAGGCAGAGGCAAGCAGCUCCAUCAUUGGUCAGUUUGGAGUUGGUUUCUACUCGGCGUUCAUGGUGGCUGACCGCGUCGAUGUCUUCACUCGGUCUGCAGAUCGGGAUGCACCCGGAUACAAGUGGUCCUCCGAUGGCUCUGGACUUUUUGAAGUUGCAGAAGCCAGUGGAGUCCAACAAGGAACAAAAAUUGUGCUGCACCUUAAAGAUGACUGCAAGGAGUUCUCCUCCGAGGAUAGGGUUAAAGAGGUGGUGACAAAAUACAGCAACUUUGUCAGCUUCCCUAUUUUCCUGAAUGGCCGUCGACUAAACACUCUGCAGGCCUUGUGGCUGAUGGAGCCUAAAGAAAUCAGCGACUGGCAGCAUGAGGAGUUUUACCGCUACAUCGCUCAGGCCUACGAUAAGCCCCGGUACACGCUGCACUACCGAGCCGACGCCCCCCUCAACAUCCGCAGCAUCUUUUAUGUCCCUGACUCGAAGCCCAGCAUGUUUGACGUGAGCAGGGAGAUGGGCUCCAGCGUGGCUCUGUACAGCAGAAAGGUUCUGAUCCAGACCAAAGCCUCUGAUAUUCUUCCUAAGUGGCUGCGCUUCCUCCGAGGCGUGGUGGACAGUGAAGACAUCCCUCUGAAUCUGAGUCGAGAGCUCCUGCAAGAGAGCGCCCUCAUCAGGAAGCUUCGGGAUGUUCUGCAGCAGAGAGUCAUCCGCUUCCUGCUGGACCAAAGCAAGAAGGAGCCUGAGAAAUACAACACGUUCUUUGAAGAUUACGGUCUGUUCAUGAGGGAGGGGAUUGUCACCACCCAGGAGCAAGACAUCAAGGAGGACAUCGCCAAGCUUUUGCGUUUCGAGUCAUCGGCUUUACCGGCCGGCCAGCAGACGAACCUGAUGGAGUACGGCUCGCGUAUGAAGGCCGGCACGCGCAACAUCUACUACCUGUGCGCCCCCAACCGACAUUUAGCAGAGCACUCGCCGUACUUUGAAGCCAUGAAGAAGAAGGACAUGGAGGUGCUGUUCUGCUAUGAGCAGUUUGACGAGCUGACCCUGCUCCACCUCAGGGAGUUUGACAAGAAGAAGCUCAUCUCCGUGGAGACGGACAUCAUGGUGGAUCACUACAAGGAGGAGAAGUUUGAGGACAGCAAGCCAGCAUCUGAGCGUCUGACACAGGAGCAGGCCGACGACCUGAUGGCCUGGAUGAAGAACGCUUUAGGUCCUCGAGUCACGAAUAUCAAGCUGACUCCUCGUCUGGACACCCACCCCGCCAUGAUCACCGUCUUAGAAAUGGGCGCCGCACGCCACUUCCUGCGCACUCAGCAGCUGGCUCGCAGCGCUGAGGAAAGAGCCCAGAUCCUGCAGCCUACACUGGAGAUCAAUGCAGGACACGAUCUGAUCAAGAAGCUGCACACGCUGAAGGACUCAAACUCUGAGCUGGCUGUUCUGUUACUGGAGCAGGUUUAUGACAACGCCAUGAUCGCUGCGGGACUGAACGACGAUCCCAGACCCAUGAUCGCCCGCCUCAACGACCUCCUGACCAAGGCUCUGGAGAAACACUGAUGGACAAGCGAGUGUAAAGAUGAAAAACUUUUCGCAGUUGGAGGGCCAAUCAGGAGUGUCAUACGUGGAGAACAAAAGACUAUUUAAAGCACUUUUUCAUCCCUGAAGCGCCAUAAUCUCAUUAGUAGAGCAUGUUGAUGCUUGAAAGGCAGUUUUCCUGUUGUAACUGUACAAACUGCUCGUGGUUAUCUGGCUGUGUCUGUAAUCCUGCCGUCAAGCCCCAGAAAGAGGCUGAAUGUCCUCCUGACUCUACAUCCUCUGAAAGAUCAGCAGCUCGUGUUAGAGGUGAGAACAUUGAAGUGAUGCAGAAACCUGAGCUGUUCAUACCACAGCUUGUUUUAGUGGAAAACGGCUCAAUUUGAGGGUUUAAUAAAGACAAACCGCUUAUUUAAACACUUUUUUUUACUGCAUGUUAGCAGAACAUCUGUGAGCAUCAAAACAUUAGAACUUCAGCUUGUAGUCGUCCUUGUUUGUCUCAGACUCAACAAUCAGAUGUGGACUAAGUUCAGUUGAAGUGAUUCUCUGCUUCAGCAGCAGCAUCCCAGCAUGCUCAGUCCAUGGGAACCAUGUUCAGGCACUUGGAGCCAGCAGCCCGGGUUUCCACCGCGUCAGCCGCCUUACAGCAGGGCGAAACCUUUGGCAAGAGGGCCACAAACCCUCUUCAGCGUCAGGAGAGCUUGUCAAUGUUUGCUAAAAAGCGCUGGGCCCACCAUUCAUCCAGAUCCAAGGGCACAAAACCUGACAGAUUCGACAAGUCAGAGGAAAACGUCUGGUCAGUUUUCAAACAAAUCCAACAGCUUGAAAGGUUUUUGUUGCAAAACUGUUUGACUUACAGGUUUGUGGUUAAAACAAUCAAAACUGACUAAUUUAAAGGUUCAAAUAGUUAAAAUGGAAAAAAAUUCCUUCUGAUUCCUUUCAAUGUAAUAAAAUUCAACACUCAAUUUUCUGUGCUUACAUAAUAUUUUUCCCCUUCUGUAUUUGAGUUUUGAUAGGCUAUGUUAUUAAAGUUGAUCUAAAUUGGG